AUGACGAGUGUCUCGUUUGGUGGCAGUGACUCCCGAUUUCAGAGUCUUGAUCGAGCACCUGGUUAUAGCGAUGGUGCCAGUGGGUUUGCGGAUAUUGAAGAUGAAGAAAAUGAUAUCAUAGAUCUCGAUGAAGAAUCUUACGAGUACCUAACUAACACAUAUUUCCGAGCGGGUCACGACGGGUGUGAUGAGUAUACAAGUUUAACAACUUUCCAUGGCAUGAUACGCGUUUUCAACUCACGCAAUUGUCCGUCAUUAAUUUUUUGGUGUCUUGUCGUGACGACAUGCCUAGUUUUCUACAUAAUGGUGUGCGGAGCAAUGAUCAAGUCCUAUUCAACGCAACCCAGUUUUUUGAGAAUCAACGAAACGAAAAAUGUGCAAUUUGAUACGAUGAUUGAACUUUGUUCCGAGGAAAAAAUGAAGUGCUACGAGAUUGCAAGGGAAAAAGAGCAAAUGAAAUGCAAGGAGAUUGAUGCGCAUUGUGUAUCUAUACGAUUCUCAACAAAAACUAAAAUUCGGUUGAAAAAGAAAGAAACAUUUUCAUGCCUAAUCCUUGAAAUUUUCCAGAUUCAACGACUGAAUUUGGAUAGAGCCCAAUGUGUGUCGAAUUGGCACGAGAUUCCUUGGAUUCCGGAAGAUUCGAAACCAGACUACCAUUAUUCUCUAAAACUUUGUGAGCGGCUACGAUAUGAGUUGACGGGAAAAGUAGAGUAUUUGCAAUACGAUUUUCCAUGCCAACCUGCUUGUCUGGAAUCUCAGUACAAAGUUAGUAACUCAAAGUUAUUUCAUAAUUCCGAGUCUGUUGCGAUCACAUUUUCCGUGUUUCCGGUGGUGACCUAUAUGGAAGAAACGCGACAAAAAACGCUUGUCGAUAUUUUAUGUAAGCAAUCAAAUUACUGUCCAACGUCAUUUCUUAUUUUGUGCACAGGUUUCCUUGGAGGCGCCAGCUCACUGUUCAUGGGUUGCAGUUGUGUGACUUUGAUGGAGAUGUUUGUGUUUCUGUUCAAGCUGGUGACGAAUUCAGUGUGCUCUGAUGAGCCACCGGAACCUGAUGAUAGUUUCUAUGAGGAAAAGUUUCGAUUCGAAUUUUCGGAUCAUCGAAAUAAACGAAGAUAUGCAAUUUGUGAUCGGGAGACCAUGGAAAAAUAUCUGUUGUCGAAUAAUAGAAAUCGAGAAGAUUUGAAAGAAGAAUCCUCGGCAAGUCCAAAAGACGAGUAUUCUGUUGAUUACCACGAUGAGAAAAUGGAUACAGUGGGUGAGAUACCUGUGGAGAAUAAACGAUUGCUCAGGCCUCCAUUGCGUCGCUGCUCCACUGCUACCUCCUACGCAUCUCACACAUCAAAAGGAUCCUCUUCACUUACCACACGAUCUUUUGCUCAGGUUUCACAGAAUCGAAGAAUGAGCAGAGCAUUUACCAGAAACAUGCCAAUGAAUGACUUUUAA